GUAUUAGUAUAUUGCAAUAUUCGGUAUUAGCACGAAAAAAAUAUGGUUGUUCGAAUAAUUAUUGCGGGUGAAUCCCAAUGCGAAAAGUUUGCGCAACUAAACUUGGUGGUGGACCAUCUCUCUCAAAAUCUACCCCAGUUUUGUUAUGAACGUAUAGAAAAGAGUAUUCCGGAAUGGAAAACUUGGCUUUUAAAGAUAAAUCAGAAAUAUAAAUGGCAUCACAUUGGAUCUCCUUUAGUUUGGAAAGAACUGUUGAUGAAAGGAAGUAAACCCUAUUACAUUGGCGGCCUCCCAGAAUUUUUAGAUUAUUGCCAUUCGUAUUACCAAUUUGAUUAUUUUAUGGCAGAUUCUAAAUUUAAAGGCAUAACUGAAAACUGUAACCAAUACCGAACAAAAAUUAAAAAGGAUAACCAAGAGAUACAGUUGAAAUUAUCUACGGAACAAAAGGUCACAAAAACCGAAAGUCUACCGAAAAAUGAUUAUGUUGUAUGCAUAUCAGGUGCUGGAUUUCAGUUGACCGAACACUUAAUAUCACAAUUAUUAGAACUAUCGGUUGGCACUAAAACUAUAGCCAAAAUAUUUAUCUAUGAUAGCGAAUGUCCUAACCCACCGAUAGACAAGAUAGAACAUGAAUGUAGUUACAUUGAAACGAACUAUUCUGGAAAAGUAGUGAAAUAUGUUGAAAAAAUUGGUAUUGCUCUGACGUAUUGUGACCUAUUGAUAGUAUUGGAUCACGUACCUUUUCACAUGGAUUUACCCAUUGGGGAUUGGUUGGAAGCAAACAAACAUGCAAUGGAAGAAAUAGCUUUAAUGCUAAAUGCAUCAGCAAAGCGAAAUAUACGUAUCCUAUUACCUAAUCUUGGCCCAGCAUGUUACAAUGCAACAAUUCUGAUGAAAGCGGCGAACAUUGAAAAACAUAACAUAGUAGUAGCUACAUCGGAUUUGGGUUUGGAGGUAGCUCCAGUAGCAGCGGAAAUUGCUGAAGUGGCUAUGAGAAACAUGUUCUGUCCUCCCGUGUGGGGUUUUGUGGGAGUUAAUCAUUUAGUGGAUAUAAGAAAUACAAUACAUAAAUACAAUACCUUCGAGCCAUACCAGAGAUACACGAGAGUGAGAAAUUCAACCUUAAAUAUAGGUUCUAUUACUCCAGAAAUGCGAACAAUGGAAUAUUUAAUGAUAUUUGAUAAUAGUUUGUGGACGAAGGUCCUGGAGAGAAGAAAACAAGCAAAUUUUUCACAACUUCCCAUUAAUAAAGUCAUCAGUCUAGUUAACGUGGUUAAACUUUGGCUAUUUGGUGCUCAACCUGACGAGAUCAUUUGUCUCGGUAUCAAAUGUAACGGAUCGUUUGGUUUACAAUUCGAUGGUGCUUUUUCACAACCGGCGCAUUACGUUAAUGGAAAGUGGUUACCAGCAGAUAAUUAUUUAAUGCCAAAAGAUCCAGAAAUGAAAUUACCAUAUUUAGAAGAUAUGGCACGUUUGUGCAUGAAUAUGCAACAGGGAACGUUACCAAAAGUUGAAUCUUAUACUCCGUGUAUUUGUAAACGGCUUAAAUUAUCCCCGAAAGUAAUUCGAAGUACCCGAUUUUACAAAUAA